AUGGGAAAAGUGAAAUCCGACAUUUGUCAACAGAACAACUUACUUUGCCCUUCUGAUCAUUGUACACUAGAUCCCACACUUCACAAAUGUCCGAAAAAAUGUCACUGUUUUUAUCAACCGAAAAACAGGAGAACUGUUGUGAAUUGUACUGGAGUUGGAUUAACUCUAUUGCUCCAAUAUGUCCCGGAAGGAGAAAAUUUAACCUUACUAUUUGAAGGUAACAAUAUAGAAUCUUUUGAACAACGGGAAUAUUUCAACAGGUCGUAUACCAUUAGUUUAUCAAACAAUCAGAUACAUACAAUAUCAAGUAAUGCCAUUGAAUCCAUUGGCAACAACGCAAUUCUUGAUUUGUCUGGCAACAAAAUGUAUGAGCUGCCGCGAGAUUUUCAAUCAUUUAAUCUCUGCAUAACGAAAUUGGGAAAGAUACAGAUAUCAUGCGAUUGUGAUGAUGAAUGUUGGAAUAAUAAUUGCUCUGCUCUUGGGAAUUUGUGGUGUAUUGUAUACAUUCCGCUACGAACUGUUUAUUUUAAAGAGAAAUGUUCGAAAGUUUAUCCAUAUCUCAAAUACGACGUUUUUAUAUCUUUUGAUGAUAAUGACACGGAAAUACGGAUUUGGGUAAUAAAGACAUUGGCCUCAUACUUGCAAGAUUUUGGGUAUAGGAUUUUUAUACCGUGUAGAAAUGAGAAGUUCGGGGAUGUUAGAGAAGAAGCAUUGAUAGAUACAAUAAAUAUCUGCAAGAAAUAUAUGAUCAUACUGUGUGACAAAUAUCACACAGAACAAACCGUUUGGACAACUGCCGAGUGGAAAUACAUAUGACAUAGCUUUAAACUAAACAAGGAAAGGCAAAUCAUAGUUAUAAAUUAUCAUCAGUUAGAAUCGUCGGAAGUCCGUAAAGAAAAACUAAAAGCUUUUGUCCGAGUUGGCAAAGACAUUGGCUUUUCAAACAGGAAGCAUAAUCUUUUCCAUAUUAUUCUAAAUAGAUUGGGUUCACCAAUCGUACAAACUAUGGACUAAAAUGUGCAAAAACAAAAUUUGCUGCAAGAUCAUUACACAAUAAUGAGCUUUUCGAACUAGAUAUAUAAUACAUAACACAAUUUAACGUAACUUGUUUUAAAAAUAGAAGCCUUUUUAAAUUAUUUUCCUAAAUUACAAAAUAAAUUUGGUAUAUUACAUACAUCGUACAAGUUUUAAAAUGAAUGUUAAUUGUCAGUGCAAUUUGAAUUUCAUCAGGAGCUACUAAAAAUUCAUAAAUUUCUAGAGAUUUAGAUCAACAUUGUUUUGUUGAAAAAGUUAUAUUCAAAUAACUUAACGUUUGACUAACCAGAUUUCAGAGAACAUAAUUUUGAAUUCAAACCAUGGAAAAAUUGAACGGCUCUUUAUACAAUAAAAA